AUGGAUCGGCGGCUGACUUUGGCUCAGGAGGAACCUCUUGCGAGUGUGUGGGACGCAUUCCUGGAAACAACAGAAUAUGAUCUCUUCGCGAAAGACUUGUACAAAAAUUCCGUGCGAGUGGUCCUGUUUGAACGGAUUCUCUUGAAACUCCACCUCCAAAUCAACAGGAUUCGACGUACUCUGCGGAGAGGUAGAAACGUGGAUGCGGUGGACGGACUGGCGCAAAUGGAAUUCUACUACGAUCAAGCAACGGUUGGACUCCAGCACAGUCUAUAUACGAUUAGGCUGUUGCGCGAGGCUCAGGGGGCCAUGAUGCGAAUCUGGUUGCCUGAGGAUCAAACACCAGAGACACAACUGGCCAAGGAAGACCUCGGUACUGUCUUCGAGGCAUUGAUGGAACACGAAGGAGGAGAGGCGGCGACUGCGGCCAUUUUCCAGACUCUCUUGAGGAAAUUCUACACAUGA